AAAAAAUGCAAAACAAAGUCUGUAAUGAAUAUAUUAGUAAUCGUGGCAUUCAAGUCUGCGUUCAAGUCUAAGUCUCGACAAUCUUCAAUUGCCUGGCAACCGAGCAAUGACAUUUGUUAUUUCCACGGUGUUUAAAAAAAUUCGCGUUUUAUUUUCUCGAUUGCGGGAACAAAUUCUUGCCGUCUGCAAUUACUUCUUAUCCAUAAGUAAAGAUGCAUUCCUGCAUUGCGUAAAUACUGAUAGAUCAAGUAUACCUUUUUGGGAUCAUUGUUAAAUCAUGGAAGACGACAAUAGGGGAGAAGAAACUAAUGAAGUGACGGGAGGCGUGGAAAUGGACGAGACCGCGGGGCAACAAGAAAGAGGUUCUGAUAAUCAGUACCAACCGAGACCUUCCUCGGGUCGUAAGCGCACGCGAGACGAAACAGAGUCCAGGCAGCAAGACAGAAAGUCAUCUCGCUCCCGAUCAAGAUCAAGAUCAAGGUCAAGAUCAAGAGUGAGCAAGCCCACGCAGAGGAGGCAGUGGAGAAGCGCAAAUGCCUUUCUGAAUUUCAUGCAAGACUUUAGGCAGAAUUAUAACAAGGUGAAGAGCAGAGAUCUGUUUCGCCUCGGGGGCCAAGAGUGGCGGCGAAUGUCGUCCGUGGAAAAGAUGCCCUACGUGGAAGCAGCCAAGAUAGCGCAGCAACAAUCACAGAAUAACAAGAACGCACAGCAGAACAAACCUAAUAGCAGCGAUUCCUCGAAGAAACCCGAGAAACAAACGGAUCAGAAAAAGAAAGUACGAGAGGAAAAAAAAGAAAGAAAGAGACGUUCAAGAAGCAGGAGGGACGAUUCCGAUGCGGAAUCAGAUUCCGCAACAUCGGGAACAGGCGCGACCAGCGAGGACGUUUCAGAUCUGAGUUCUUAGGCGUUAAUUUAUUAAACUGACCAAUUUAUUAAUUAAUUAAAACCGACAGCAAGUAUGUUAAGAAAUAUCUACACGAAACAACAAUUUACUUCAAUUAAGUUUCUUUAUAGAUUAGUCCUUGGCCGUGUCGUUUCGAAAUUUGAAUAAAGUCUAAGAUCUUACACAAAACA